AUGGAGUUGCCAGGCAACUGCCGGGUGGAGGCGAAGCGGGAACAAAGCGGGAGCUGCCGGGACCCCCAUCCCUUCAUCCCUCCCCGAAUCCCCCAGGGAGCAGGGCCCAGCAAAGGCCAUGGGGUCACACUCUGCUUCCCCCCGGGCCACUGCCACCGUCCCAUCCCGGGGCUGCUGCAGGGCCACGGGAUUGCAGAGGAUGGACCCGAAAGGGAGGACUGGGGGAGGCACAGGGUCUGUCCCCCUGUUGCUGCCUCCCCUUGCUGUGCCCAGAGGGUGCGAGAGUCACUGCUGGACGACAUCGUUCUCACCCACUCGCUGUUCCUGCCCACCGAGCGCUUCCUGCAGCAGCUGCACCAGCACUUCGUGCUGGCAGCGGGCAGCCCCCCGCGCUGGGAGGAGGGGGCCGGGCUGCAGCGCAAGCGGGCGGUGCUGGCCGUGCUCCUGCACUUCCUCGAGACAUACAAGGGGCUGCUCCAGGAGGAGGAGAGCGCCGGGAAGGUCAUCAAGGAGCUCUACUUGCUCAUCAUGAAGGACACGUCCCUCUACCACGACCUGGAGGACGAGAUCCUCAAGCUGCACCAGCUCGUGGAGACGGUGGAGCUCAAGGUGGCCGACGAGACCCCCCCCCCGAACAAGCAGGUGAAGCCGCUGUUCCGGCACUUCCGCCGCAUCGACUCGUGCCUGCAGACCCGGGUGGCAUUUCGGGGCUCUGACGAGAUUUUCUGCCGCGUGUACCUGCCCGACCACUCGUACGUGACCAUCCGCAGCCGCCUCUCAGCCUCGGUGCAGGACAUCCUGGCCUCGGUCACCGAGAAGCUCCAGUACUCAGAGGAGCAGAGUGCCCGUGAGGACGCCCUGAUCCUCGUCACCAUGGCCUCAUCCGGAGAGAAAGCAGUGCUGCAGCCCAGCGAGGAGUGUGUGUUCACCACCCUGGGCAUCAACAGCCACCUCUUCGCCUGCACCAGGGACACCUUUGACUCCCUGGUGCCGCUUCCCGAGGAGAUCCAGGUGGUCCCGGGGGACACGGAGAUCCACCGCGUGGAGCCCGAGGAUGUGGCCAACCACCUCACUGCCUUCCACUGGGAGCUCUUCCGCUGCAUCCACGAGCUGGAAUUCGUGGAUUAUGUGUUCCACGGGGAGCGGGGCCGGCGGGAGACGGCGAACCUGGAGCUGCUGCUGCAGCGCUGCAGUGAAGUGCAGCACUGGGUGGGCACGGAGCUGCUGCUCUGCGAGGGGCUGGGCAAGCGCGCCCACCUGCUCAAGAAGCUCAUCAAGAUCGCUGCCAUCUGCAAACAGAACCAGGACAUGCUCUCCUUCUACGCCAUCGUCAUUGGCCUCAACAACGCCGCCGUCAGCCGCCUGCGCCUCACCUGGGAGAAACUCCCAGGGAAAUUCAAGAACCUGUUUCGGAAGUUUGAGAACCUCACGGAUCCCUGCAGGAACCACAAGACCUACCGGGAGGUGCUGGCCAAGAUGAAGCCCCCUCUGAUCCCCUUCGUUCCGCUCAUCCUCAAAGAUCUGACCUUCCUGCAUGAAGGCAGCAAGACCCUCCUGGACGGGCUGGUCAACGUGGAGAAACUGCACUGCAUCGCUGAGAAAGUGAGAACCGUGAGGAAGUACCGGAGCCGCCCCCUCUGCCUGGAGCUGGAGGCGUCCCCGGCCCAGCUGCAAACCAAGGCCUACGUGCGGCAGCUGCGCGUCAUCGACAACCAGAACCUGCUCUUCGAGCUCUCCUACAAACUGGAGCCCGGCAGCCAGUGAGGGGAGGCCCACCGGGGACCCCCAAACCCUGGGGACCCCCCAGGCCCCAGGAUCCCCCAACCCGGGGAACCCCCACCCCGGGGGGCCCGGUGCCCCCCAGCACUGACGCACUUUGCCCAGCCCCGACAGUGGGUGCUGCCCCCACCCUCGGGGGGGUGGGUGGGUUUGGGGACCCCCGGCACAUACCCCCCCCUCCCCGGUGCCCCCCUUCCCUGGCGGGGGGCGCAGGGACCUACGGGGGGGCCCCUCGCCUCCCUACUUUUGUAUGUGCCCCCCGCCCCCCCAGACGUGUAUAUUUUGUACUGAGCGCUGUCCGGAAUUGUACAUUUAUUUUUUAAGAAAAAGGAGGAAAAAAAGGAAAAAAAAAACAGACAACAACAAAACCCCAACAAAACAGGCCGGGGAGGGUGGAGAGCCCCAAUAAACGUCUGUCCCGG